UUCAAAAUCGGGAUCUGGAGACCGUCUAACCAGCUGCCAGUGCCAAGCUGGGUAAGCCCGAGCUCGCUGGGCCCUGGCUCCUCCUCCUUCUCCUCGGCCUGCCUGAAUUGGCGCUGCUGGGAACCCGUCACAAAGUUUCCGGGUUGGCUGCAAGUCGUCCCCCCAUCACUAUUUAAUGAAGCUGCUGAUAUUUGCCUCACAUUUGCCUGCUGAGUGUUUGGGGUCCUGCGGCUCAAAGAAGUGCGCCUGUCCGCUAACUUAAGGUCACGCCAAUAUUGGGAGGCAAGAAAACCCUGCUGGCCAGCGCUCAUUGAAGGUCCUGCUUGCCAGCGUUCAUUGAAAGUCCUGCUGGCCUGCAGCGCUCAUUGAAAGUCCUGCUGGCCAGCGCUCAUUGGGAGGCAGGAAAGUCCUGCUGGCAACGCUCAUUGAACCCAUUGACUCUGUUUCAUUGACUGAACUCUCAAACUCUGGGUAAGUGAGGAAUCCACCAGUCCUUUUGCCAGCGGUGUGCCAAUCGAUUGGUGGACUGAGAGCUGACACCUGGCAAUGGGCAUCCUCAGCCUGCUUCCCCCCAGCGACGUGGAAGGCGACAAGGAACAAUGCUGCGCAUGGAGAACGUUUGUUUUCAUAAUGCUGUUACCAUUGCUGCCAACCAUCUUCUAUAUCAUUGGGAGGCGACAGGCGCGCGACCAUCCUGCCAUCUCUUCUGCAUAUGAAGCUCAGGACAUCAAUCUCCCAUACUUUUAUAUCUGCCCCACCCCGACAAGCACCGUUUUUGAUGACAUCAUCCUGUACGGAUUUGUUGCCAGUUGCCAAUUCAUUUCCGGAGACUCGCCGCCCUUUGAUUAUAACGCAACGCUGCCCUUGAUGUGGAAUGCCAGUCGGACGGCUGAUCGGGUGUUUGAAGUCGUUUCCAGCAAUUGUCCCGUUCAAACUACGGUGACUAACUACGGCCUCUGCUUCGGAUACAAUCUUACGGGGUACACUGUCAAGAAAGACGAUUACAUAGGGGAUACGAUCGCACUCUCGAUUACGUUCACGUAUCGUUCACCGCCCGCGGACCCUCUCUUCCAGCGCACGUAUUUCCUCUUGUCUACUUUCUCAUCGGAGCCGCUACCGAACCAGACUACAAGCAUCAGGUCUCGAUUCAUCCAGGAGCUCCCUCUAUCCCAACAGGCGCGCUUGACUUUGUCCCUGAUGGAUUCGGUCGAUCUCAACAAGAAUCAUGACAGAACGGGGACCGGGGAGUCCAUCUAUACCCUCCCGCCGUUCGACGGUCAAAUCUCAUUCUACCCCAGCGGUCCGUCUGAAAUUGCAAUCGUCAACAUGCGAUUGAACUCCCGGGGGGUCAAUGUCGUCAAGGCAAUAGACCCAUGGAGCUGGUUUGAGUUGGCCACCCAAGUUUAUGCCUAUUAUGGUUAUGCCAUGCUGGGUUUCGGCUUGCUUUAUGCGGUUACGGUAAAGCGCAAGGAGGCCACGCUGUGGCGGACGUUCCUGUCGUUUGCGUCGGGGUUGGUGGGAGGAUGCAUUACCGCGCUCAAGGUAGUAGGAAAACGAUUACGCAAGUAGGACCGCGUUCGUUUCUUUCUUUUUUUAUUGGCUAGCUGAGAUUGUUGACCCGUUGUGAUUGACGAGCAUCUGGGUCGGAAGUGACCACAGGCUCUUGACAUGUGACCCGCAAGUCCGCCAAAAUCCACCAAAAUGUAAAGAGCAAUGAUGACAGCAAGGG